AAGCUAAAAGAGGACAGGGAAAGAGGAAAUGGAGUUGUUUGUGUAGAAUUAGUAAUAGCCUUCGACAUGUUUGAUGAAAUGCCUCGAUAAUCUUUGUUGAAAAUCUAGCUGGGUGUCAGUUAAAAAUUGCUAUUUGGAUUUUUUAAAGAGCUGAUUUAUGAAUUAAAUUUGAUUUUUUUCCUGUUUUAUAGUUUGAGGUUUCUGUUGUGUGGCGAAAAUAAAAAAUGGUGUAUGAUGCUUUGAGUUCUAAUAGUUGUAUAAUGGGGCUUUGUGCUAAGUCAUUCUUAUUUUGUUCGGCAUCUGUGAUUUUGGUAGAUUACUUAUGGGUCAGUGAUCAAGUUGAUGCAUGAGAGAACAAAGUUUAGGCUGCAUUUGCAUGAUGUACCAUAUGGCUCUGGUAGUGGACAGCAAUCCGUCACUGGUUUUCCCAACGUUGAUGACUCAAACAGCUAUUGGAUUGUUAGACCCGUACCAGAUACCAAUGCCCAACAAGGGGAUACAAUCAAAGGUGGUACCAUCAUCAGGCUGCAACACAUGAGAACCAGAAAAUGGUUACAUAGCCACUUGCUAAAUGUACCCAACAGACCUGUUCGAAAGAGCUGAGAUCAACUCAGUUUUAGACUGGCAUCAUGCCAAUCU